GGAGACAGCCAAGCAGAAAAGGCUUCUCCUGACGACAAAUCCCCCCAAACUUCACGCUCGCCUAAGCAGGCCUCCAAAGAAGGUCGUGACGCCGAUCAAAAGGCGGAGCAGGAGGAGGCGGAAGAAGACGAAGAGGACGAGGAGGAGGAAUCGGGUGACGAGAACGACCUUGCCAAGUAUGACAUUUGGGGCGAAGACAGUCAGGAUGCAGCUGACGAGGAGGGUGCCGCUGCCACCACCACCAAGGACGACAAGGCGAAGGCAUCCAAGAAGGGCAAGAAAGUAGACGCUGACGCCACUUCAUCCUCAUCGUCCUCCGAGGACGAAGCUGACGGAAAGAAAUCGAAGAAUGGCCAAUCCUCGUCUUCAUCCUCCUCUUCUUCAUCAUCAUCAUCAGAUUCUUCAUCUUCGUCUCUAGAACCGGGGAAGAAGAAGAAGAAAGUUUGA